CUGUGGGGGUGGAUGAGCUGUUAGUAAACAAAACAGUUCUCUUCCCUGUCAGCUCCUGCACACUUCUUUGCAUGGCUCUGCAUAGCACAGUCAGUGAAACACAAACACAGAACUUAUUGUAAAACAGCACACAGUUAACCCUUUGAUUGCCCCAGAUGUUAACCCCUUCCUGCCCAGUGCCAUUAAUACAGUGUUAUUGCUUUUUAUUAGCACUGAUCACUGUAUUGAUGUCACUGGGGAUGUCAGUGACACCAAAUCAGUUCCCCCCCCAGUGUCAGAAUGUCUCCUGCAAUCCCGCAGUCCUGCUAUAAGUCACUGA